AUUGUACAAAAAAAUCUUAACAUUUGUCUUGUCAUUCUGGAAAUGAACAAAUAAAAUAAAAGGAGGAUAAUUUUAUUUUGGCUUGAUUUCUUUCGAUUUUAGGGCAUGUUUAUAACAUUCGAGUAAAAAGUUUUGGAUUAUUAUAUCAAAUAAUAAAUAGUUAUGUUAAUUUAAGUCAUGUAUUCCUUCGAAGGCGACUUCAGGCGAAAGCCCCAACAGAAUUUAUCUGGUGCCAGCGCCCAGCGAAAGACUGACAGGGAAGCCUUGAUAUUGCAGUCACAGCAACAAAGACAAAAACGAGAGGAGUUCAGAAGGCGCCUCAACAGUACUAUUAAAAUCCAAGCGUAUGUCCGAAGUUACCUCACAAAAAAGCAUUUGAAACAAUAUGAGCGGGAGCAGUUUGACAGCAUGUUUGUCGGGGCAAGGGCUGAAGACCACUUUGUGAUAUCUGCUCUAGUUGCAAAAUUGCUCUUUUUCUACAAUGAUGGAAUAGAUUUUUCUAGAUUGGUUGCAAUCUCACAGUUAUUAUUAAAACAAUGGAAGCAAGUGUUCAAAAGUGUAGAAUCUUGUAUCCAGAUGAGGAGGCUCCUUGCAUUGCAUUUAAAAUUAUUGAGAAAAGAGUCUGAGAUUCCCCUGGCAGUGCCUCUGAGAAUGUUUGAAGUGUUCACUUCUCUGUCUUCGGCCGAAGCAGUGAUGCCUUAUGAUGAAGUUGUAAAUACCAUUGGCAAUACAUAUCUUUAUCUUGUCAAAAGAGGCUAUUUCAAGGACCUGUGCGCUUUAUUGUGCCAAAAGACCCCCCCACUCUAUGGACCAUCUCCAAACCCACCAACUCCACUCUGUGGAGCACUACUCGACCUCAUCGAGAGACCACUGCAUUUGACCGUUCUUGACAUACCAGGAUAUGACGAUACCAUCAUGUCUGAAUUCGCAUCGGCAUUCCUCUGUAACCCUUAUCCGGAGCCUGUAGAAAUGUUCAUACUGCCAUCCCUUUCGGACCGGAACAACCACAAAUUCCCGUUCUGCUCCCUCGUGCGGUGUCUACGGGAUGACGACAAGUUUAAUAGUAAAAGUUUAGUGAACGACUCCUGGCUGUUGCAUUCUGUAUUGUCUUUAGAGCCACCGGACUGUGUUAGCCAACUAAGAAAAUGGGACAGUCCGAAAAACCCCAUCGUGUUAGAUUACCUUAAACUAAUAGCCAAAUUAACUGUUAAUGUUUGUAAUAAGCAAAUUUCGUAUGAGUAUGAAGAUUCACUGUACAGUCAAGAAACUGCAGCUGAUAAGGAUGACGACAGUGAUAGUGAAACUGAGGUGAACCCUACGUCUGUGAGGGAGCAGACCUUACUCACGCGUUGUAUAGAAUUGCUGAAUGAACCGGACCGUUUUGUGAUGGUCAUUUGCACUCAAAUCACGGCGAUGGACCUUACCGACGAGUUCUUAGACUGCGUAUCUGAAAUUUGCCAUAAUUUACUGCUCAGCCAUAGAAUGGCCUUGCACAAAUACAGACUGUUGUACACACUAGCGUUCAAACCUAUAUUCCUGCGCGGUCUGUGGCGCUGGUUGAGCAGCAUGAGCCACGAGUCCUCAUUCGGCGGUUCGGCCACGCCGCUGCUAGCGGCGUUGUCGCGAGGCCUCGGCGCUGACUCCGCUGUGCUGGGCCUCGACCGGCUGCUGGCGCCGUUAGCGGUGUUCUGUGCUCUGUUCUCGCUGCUCAUUGGCACGUUGCACGACACGGAGUUCUGUAGGGACCCGGAAGACGAUGAGAGCCUGAGCUUAGGUACAGCGCCGGAGCCGAGCGCGGGCGCGGGCGCGGGCCGCGUGCACGCGUUCUCGUUCGCGGAGCUGGGCGCGCUGUGCCGCACGCUGCGCCACGCGUGCCUGGGGCUGCUGGAGCUGGCCGUGCCGGGCGCGCGGCCCGCCGUCGCCGCGCCCUACCGCCACGCCGUCAGCAGCGCCGCGCAGGGCGCCGAGCACACGGCGGCCUGGUCGCAUCUCUUCAAGGUGUGCACGCACCUCCUCCGCUUGCUGUACGACCGCGACGCGCGCCUGCAGUUCUGCGGCGCGGAGUCGUGGCCGGCGCCCGACGCCGUGCCCGAGGCCGGCGCCGGCGCGCUGCUGGCGGCCGGCGCGCGCCGCGCUCGCGGGCCCGCCGCGCCGCCCAGGGACGCCGAAGAAGGCCCACCACUCACUAUAAAAGAGCUGAGAACGGUCACAAUUCUACGGGAAAUACCGUUCGUGGUACCGUUUUCUACGAGAGUUUUAAUAUUCCAAGGAUUACUUAUUAGGGAAAAACACGAUCACUGGUAUGAAAUGAGUAAUUUCAACGAAGGCCCCUCAAUAAAUAUCAGUGUUCGGCGUACGCACUUAUACGAAGAUGCAUUCGACAAACUUAGCCCUAGUAAUGAACCGGACAUGAAGCUAAAGCUACGCGUGCAACUGAUCAAUCAGGCGGGCGCGGAGGAGGCCGGGGUCGACGGCGGAGGAUUGUUCCGGGAGUUCCUCUCUGAACUCCUCAAAUCUGCAUUCGACCCUAACCGGGGUUUAUUUAGACUAACAAAAGACAACAUGCUGUAUCCGAAUCCAGGGGUGAACUUGCUAUAUGAUGACUUUACUAUGCAUUAUUAUUUCGUCGGCAGAAUGUUAGGGAAGGCGUUAUACGAGAAUCUCCUCGUGGAACUCCCGCUCGCGGAGUUCUUCCUCAGCAAGCUGUGCUCGUCGCGCGAGCCCGACGUGCACGCGCUGGCGUCGCUGGACCCGGGCCUGUACCGCGGGCUGCUGCUGCUGCGCGCGCACCGCCGCCAGGACGUGCCCGACCUGGGGCUCGACUUCACGCUCGUCAGCGUCGAGCUGGGCGAGCAGAGGAUAGACGAACUGAAACCGGGUGGUGCCAACAUUCCUGUCACCGCCGAAAAUAGAAUAGAGUAUAUACAUUUAGUAGCUGACUACAAACUAAACAGGCAAAUAAGGUUACAGUGCAACGCGUUCAAACGGGGCCUGACGUCCGUAGUGAAUGCAGAGUGGCUGCGAAUGUUCUCAUGUAGAGAGUUGCAGCUUCUUAUCUCUGGAGCAGAGGUUCCCAUUGACCUGGACGACCUGAGGAGACAUACCCAGUACUCAGGUGGUUUCUCCGACACACACCCGACGGUGCAAUGUUUCUGGAAGGUCGUGGAGAACUUCACGGACGACCAGAGGCGGCAACUACUCAAAUUCGUCACCAGUUGCUCGAGGCCGCCGCUAUUAGGAUUCAAGGACCUCCAGCCACCAUUCUGCAUACAAUCAGCGGGCGCAUCUUACCGUCUCCCGUCAUCUUCCACGUGUAUGAACCUGCUGAAAUUGCCGGAGUUCCACUCGGAGGACCAGCUGGCAGAGAAACUAUUGUAUGCCAUACAGGCCGGCGCCGGCUUCGAACUUAGCUAAAAGAUCAAAUGUCGUCCGUGGCGAGACUCAUGCGUGGAUUAUGUUGAAGAUGUAUACAUUUAUUGUACAUUUUAUUUCUCUACAAUAUUAUUAUCAUAAUAAUAUUUUAAAUCUUAUUGUGAUAAUGUAUUAGAACUUAUACAUAUAGUAUUUAAUGUUGUAAAUGUUACCUACUUACUGUUCGACUAUACUUUUUUUUCAUUUACUGUUGUGACUAUUUCUAUGAAAUCUAUUUAUUUUUCCUAAAGGUUUCUUAUUCUUAACUAUGUGAACGACAAAAAUAUUAAUAAUUAGAUACGUGUUGUGGUUACUGAUGUUUGUAGGUGUAAAUAAAAUUAGAAAAAUAUUCGAAUUUAUAUAUCUCUUACAACAUAGGUAUAUGAAAUUGUAUAAAAGAUAUAUUUUUUGUUCGUUUGAACUUGUAUGUGAAUGCAAUGGAUUAUUUUAAAUGCGAAUAGUCGCAUUUUACACGAGUCAUCGCUCCUCUAUUUGUUUAAAAGCGAUUUUAUAUUUUAGUACCUAUACAAUAAAGCUGUCAACUCCGUGUUUCUGUUUUUCACUA